AUGAGCGAUUAUUCACAAUGGCAAACAAUGCAAACCAACAAUUUUCCUAUCUAUACAAGAGAAAUAGAAGUUCCACUCAAUGAUCAACAAAUAAAUUAUCAACAACCUAAAUUUAGCAGAAACGUUCGCAUACAAACUAAAUUAACUGCAAAUAGACUCGACGAUGAACCGGAAAAUUAUCGACAGUACAUACGGACUAGAAAUGUUGGCAUACAAACAGCAUCUACAGGUAUUCUCUUCGAUGACAAUGUAACGAACGAACGUAAAAAGUCAAGAAAUCCAAGAGCCAAUAUUAAGAAUGGUUCAACACAUCAGUUCGAUACAACAGAUGAAAAUCUUAAUCGAGAAGCAAUACUCGAUCAAAGACAAACAAUGAUACCAAAAGAAGAUUCUAAUAUUGAUAGAAAUACCACGAAUCAACAAGAUCAAAAGCUUACAGAGACUGCUACUAAAGAUAUCACCAAAAGUGAUGGAACUGAAAUAAGUCCUAUUCUAGGAUAUUCCGAAGAACCUUUGUUACCACUUGCACAAGCAUGUGCUCCAUUAAAUGAUAUUUUUUAUAAUUUAUCAUUCUAUGUUCAGUUAGCACUAGAGGAAACGCCAGAACAACCACCUGAUGGAUUAUCAGUUGAUGAAAGUGCUGCAAUUCGUCUUUAUACAAUUGAAUGGGAUAAACCUCAUCGAAGUCUCUAUUCAACACUCAAUUUUAAUCUCAAAAAUAAUGAUAAUCAAGCACUUCUACCUUUUCACAGAUAUAUCAAAUUAUUUUUAACUGCUCUUGUUAAACUACCAUGUGUUCCACCAUUAACUGUUUGGAGAGGAGUAACUAAAAACUUAAGUGCAGAAUUCCCACCUGGUACUGCAAUGACAUGGUGGGCAUUUUCAUCAUGUACUACUGAAAUGACUGUACUCGAAAAUAAUAUGUAUUUGGGUCAAGAAGGUGAUCGAACACUUUUUUCUGUCGAAGCUAUGAAUGGUCGAACAAUAAAAGCACAUUCACAUUUUGUUACUGAAGAUGAAAUUGUUCUUAUGUCUGGUACUCAUAUGAUUGUUCAAUCACAACUUAGUCCAGCAGCUAAUCUAUAUAUUAUUCAUUUGAAACAAGUCGAACCAGAAAUGAUGACACUUGAACCACCAUUUGAAGGUGCACAUAUUUAUCCAAAAAUUCCACGUCCAUUUUAUCGAAAGAAAAGAUUUAUGAUUCCAACUUGUUUAUUGCUUACUCUAUUUAUUGCUGGUGUUAUUAUUGGUGUUAUUUUGGGAACAAAAUCAAAAACAACAAAAUAUGUAUGCGAGAAUCCAUUUCGACUAGAUAAUACUAUCGAUACUGGAAAAUAUCCAUCAUCAUCUGUACUGGGUUACUUUGAUAAUGAUACAUAUCUCGAUAUUGCAAUAUCAAAUUCACUAGAAAAUAGUGUGACUUUACUAUUAGGUGGUGAUAAGGAGCAAAUUUUUCGAAGUACACAACCUACUGUUGGCGAUACGCCAGCUGUUAUGAUAGCAGUUGAUUUGAAUAACGAUACGAAAAUAGAUCUUGUAGUCACCAACACAGGAGACAACUCAGUCAGUGUUUUACUAGGCUCGGGAAAUGGUCUAUUUCUGACUGCAGUCGAUUAUGAUGUUGGUGGAGGUCCGUAUGGUAUAACUUCUGCUGACUUUAAUAAUGAUGAUCAAUUGGAUUUAGCAAUAACAAACGGAGAUGACUCUACUGUUACUUUACUUUUUAACAAUGGAAGCGGUCUAUUUCCAGAUAGUAUCUCCUUUUCAGUUGAUGAGUUUCCAUAUGUGAUAUUAUCUGGGGAUUUUAAUGGUGAUAACAACAUGGAUUUAGCAGUAUCGUAUUAUUUCAAUGCCUACAUUGAUGUUCUAUUUGGUUUUGGAAAUGGGAGUUUUGAUGAUCCAAUUCCAUAUGACACUGGUUCUAAUCCACUUUAUAUGAUAGAAGUUGAUUUAAAUAAUGACAAAAAACUGGAUUUGAUAGUGAUCAAUAGUGAUGAUGACACUCUCACCAUACUGCUUAACGAUGGAGAUGGAAGUUUUGCAACAUCCACUCUUGCGUCAGUCGGUAAAGGCUUAGUUGCUUUGACAACAUCUGACUUUAAUAAUGAUAGUAAAGCCGAUUUAGCAGUAGUAGACGGUGGUGGUGGUGGCAGUAUCUAUGUGUUACUUGGUAAUGGUGAUGGAACUUUUCAGCCUAGCAUCCUGUCUCCAUUUAAUAACUCCCCACUAGACAUUAUUGCUGCUGAUUUCAACAAUGAUAAUAAAAUAGAUUUGGCAAUAGUAAACGAUUUUGACUAUACUAUGACUGUAUUACUUGGUAUCGGAAAUGGUACUUUUAUCAGUGGAAUUGAUUUUAUCAUUGGUAAAUUUUCCCAAUGGCUAAUAUCAUAUGAUUUCAAUAGUGAUCAUAAUCAAGAUGUUGCAUUAAUUGCUCAAGAUAGUAACAGUAUCAUUGUGUUACUUGGUAAUGGAAAUACAAGUUUUCAAGCUCCACUCAAUAAUACAGUUCGUACUUAUCCAGUUCAUGUUUUAUCAGCUGACUUUAAUAAUGAUACCAAACAAGAUUUAGUAGUAGUCAAUCAAAAUAACAACACCAUCGAUGUACUUUUUGGCCGUGGUGAUGGAUUUUUCGAUACUCCCAUCAACUACACAGUUGGUACAUCACCCUCGUAUGCAUUUUCAGCAGAUUUCAAUUCCGAUAAUGUGCUAGAUCUAGUAGUGGCUAAUUCGAUAGAUGCCUCUAUCAGUGUACUAUUUGGAAAAACGAAUGGUACUUUUCAAAUUCAUGAUACAUAUCAACUUAAAGGAUCUCCGACGUGUGUCAUUUCUGCUGAUUUAAAUAAAGAUGGAAAACAAGAUUUAAUAGUGACAAAUAAAAAUAAUAAUACAAUUAGUAUAUUUUUUAAUAAUGGAAGUGGAACAUUCAUAUAUUCAAAUGAUUAUAAUGUUGGUAGAAUACCGAGUGCUAUAGCUGCUGGUGAUUUUAAUAAUGACAAAAAUAUUGAUUUAGCAGUUACUAACUCUGGUUUUAAUACUGUUAGUGUACUUCUCAACAAGGGCAAUGGAAGUUUUGGUAUUGCAAACAAUUUUACAGUUGGAAGAACUCCAUAUCGUGUAUCAGCAGGUGAUUAUAAUUAUGAUGGAAAUAUCGAUUUAGUAGUGAUUAAUAGUGGUAGUAAUAGUGUUAGUGUGUUGUUGGGUUAUGGAAAUGGAACUUUUCAAAAUCAGACCAAGUAUAAAGCAGGUGGUAAACCCACUUCUGUAGUCAUAGGUGAUCUAAAUAAGGAUAAUAAAGUAGAUCUGGCUGUAACUAAUGCUAAAACUAAUGAUUUGUCUGUUUUUUUGAACAUAUGCAAAGGCUGA